AUGGCUACUGCAUUUGCCCUUAUAUCGCUCGCAUUUUGCUUGCAGAUCCAAAGCACAUACGCUGCGCCGCACUAUGGACUUUUGCAACUUGAAUUUGACUAUGUCGUCGUCGGAAGUGGGCCGGGAGGCCUUACGAUAGCAUCUCGACUAUCUGAAGAUCCAAAUGUCUCAGUCGCGGUGAUCGAGGCGGGAACAUGGUCCGAGAAAGUAACAGGGAACCAAAGCCAAGUUCCUUCAUACGACUACUACUACAACGGAAAAUCCCCUAAUGAUACCAAUCCAUUGGUUGAGUGGGGAUUUCUCACGACGCCGCAAGCGGGCAUCGAUGACCAAAUUGUGCAUUAUAGUCGGGGAAAAUCAAUCGGUGGUUGUAGCAAUUUAAACUAUAUGUCCUAUAUCCACACAUCUAAAGGUGCACUCCAAAUGUGGGCUGACACUGUGGGAGAUGAUGCCUACGCCUUUGAUAGUGCUUGGAACUACUACCGCAAGAGCAUGAACUUCACGCCGCCGAAUACUGAGCUUCGAUUAGCCAAUGCAACAGUCGCAUGGGAGACAGUUGAAGCGGCCGAAGGGGGACCGUUGGACGUCAGUUUCUCGUCUUGGGCUCAGUCUUGGAGUACCUGGGUUGCCGAAUCUAUGGACUCGGUUGGGAUCCAUAACACGAAUGUCUUUCUCAAUGGCAUCCUCAAUGGUUCUGCGUGGUUGGCGUCAACUAUCAAUCCCCGCAAUGGCCAUCGUGAAUCUGCUGCAACGGCCUUCCUAACGCCAUACCUGAGCCGCCCCAAUCUUAAAGUCUUCGACCUCACCCUUGCAGAACGCAUUAUUUUCGAUGCCAAUAAAACAGCUCGCGGCGUGCAUGUUAGUUCUGCCAACGGAACGCGCACGAUUGGGGCAAGGCGCGAGGUCAUCGUGUCGGGCGGCACGUUCCAGUCGCCACAGCUUCUACAGGUAUCCGGCGUCGGCCCGACCGAGCUUCUUACUCAACACAACGUUACUGUUAUUGCGGAUCGACCAGGUGUAGGCCAGGGUUUGAAUGACCACAUAUUUUACGGCAUAGCCUAUCGUGUAAAUGUUGAGACUGUGUCAGCACGCAUGUAUGGCGAUGCUAACGCCAUAGCCAUCGAGCAAUUCAACGCAAAUGGCACUGGGCCGUUAGCAAGCCCCGGCGGUGACUACGUCGGAUUUGAGAAGCUCCCUCAGGAUAUACGACAGGAAUUCUCACCUUCCACAGUGAACGAGCUCUCUUCUCUCCCCGAUGACUGGCCGGAGAUGCAAUAUCUCUCCCUCCCUAACUACGUUGGAAACUUCGAGUCCGCAAGUAUUGGUUCCCCCAAAGAUGGGUAUAUGUACGCAACUCUACUUGCUACUCUAAUCGCUCCAUCCUCGAAGGGUAGCGUUAACAUCUCUUCUCCUCGGAUGAGCGACCACCCACUCAUUAACCCCAACUGGCUUACGACUCAGCGAGAUAUUGACUUGGUGAUUGGCGGAUUUAAGCGACUUCGUCAGAUACUUGAGUCGCCAGUAAUGGGAAAUGUCACCAUUGGCCCCGAGUAUUAUCCAGGAUACAAUGUAACGACCGAUGAGCAGAUCCAUCAGCAAGUAAAGGAGAGCUUUAACACCAUGUAUCAUGCUAGCUCGACUUGCAAGAUGGGUCCAUCGAAUGAUGACUAUGCUGUUGUAGAUCAACAUGCUCGGGUGUAUGGGGUUAGCAACUUGAGGGUUGUUGACGCUUCUGUCUUCCCAUUCCUGCCGCCUGGUCUUCCUCUGGCCACUAUUUAUAUGCUGGCUGAAAAGAUCGCUGAAGAUAUAAAGAAUGGACAUUAG